CCGCUCCGUGCCCACGUCUCCUGUGACGCGGCAGCGCCCGCCCGCCCGGGCCGGGGGGAGCGCGGAGAGGCGGAGCGGGGCCGCCCGUCCCUGCCCGUCCCUGCCCGCCCGGCCCCGCACCUGCCCGGGCGCGCAGCGGGGACCGCGCGGGGCCGCGCCGGGCGGGGAUGCGCAGCCCGCGGCGCCAGGAUGCGGGAGGGGAGCGCGGGCGGCCGCGGCGCGGAGAACCGGACGGGCGCCGAGCCCCCGCUGCACCUGUUCCCCGUGCCCGUGCUCACCGGCAUCACCGUAGCCUGCGUCCUGCUCUUCGUCAUCGGGAUCAUCGGCAACCUCAUGACCAUGCUGGUGGUGUCGCGGUUCCGGGACAUGAGGACCACCACCAACUUCUACCUGUCCAGCAUGGCCUUCUCCGACCUGCUCAUCUUCCUCUGCAUGCCCCUGGACCUCUUCCGCCUCUGGCAGUACCGGCCCUGGAACUUCGGGGACCUCCUCUGCAAGCUCUUCCAGUUCAUCAGUGAGAGCUGCACCUACUCCACCAUCCUCAACAUCACGGCGCUCAGCGUGGAGCGGUACGUCGCCAUCUGCUUCCCGCUGCGAGCUAAAGUCAUCAUCACCAAGUGGAAGGUCAAGCUGGUCAUCCUCUUCCUCUGGGCCAUCUCCUUCAUCAGCGCCGGCCCCAUCUUCAUCCUGGUGGGAGUCGAGCACGAGAACGGCACGAACCCCCUGAGCACCAACGAGUGCCGAGCCACAGAGUACGCCAUCCGCUCGGGGCUGCUCACCAUCAUGGUCUGGACCUCCAGCAUCUUCUUCUUCCUGCCCGUGUUUUGCCUGACCGUGCUGUACAGCCUCAUUGGGAGGAAGCUCUGGAGGAGGAAGAGAAAGAACAUCGGUCCAAACACUACCACCAGGGAUAAGAACAACAAGCAAACUGUGAAAAUGUUAGUUGUGGUGGUAUUUGCGUUCAUACUCUGCUGGUUGCCUUUUCACGUAGGACGGUACUUUUUUCCAAAUCCUUCGAAGCCGGAUCCUGGAGAUAGCAGUGAUCAGCCAGUACUGCAACCUGGUGUCCUUUGUCCUCUUCUACCUUAGCGCAGCCAUCAACCCCAUCCUCUACAACAUCAUG